GUUAAGUCCUCUUACUAGAUUGCUUGCCUAUAUAUAGUCUCGUAUAUAGUUUAGGUCAACAAAUUUCCGUAUGCAGGCCCUCGACAUAAUGAGGUGAAUUUAAUAAAAUAACAUUCAAGCGCGUUUGUAAUCGCUGUUAUCGCUUAAAUCAACAGUUUAUUGACAAAUAUUGUCAUGAUGCUUUUGCAAAUCAACGAAGCACAACCGAGGCUAAUACGUGUGUUAAUCAUUUCUUAUUAAAUUUUACAUUUAUUGACCCUUUGGAUGGGAUUCCUGAAAAGCCACAAGUUAUGAUAAACCUUGCUGCAUCGUAGCUUCCGUAGUAUCGCGUGCAGGAAAGACUCGGAGAGCAUUCCUAGUAUAACUAUCACUGUCUCACAUCCUCUGUGGCAAUUAUAACGAAAACACGCACGAUGAUAACGAAAGAACAACAAGACAGUAAUAAUGCAAUCUCCGAGUACGACUGGCAUAUACCUGUCGCGUGUGUAUUAAAUUUCGGGUUGUUUAAUUUUCUAAAGUGUUUCGUGACGUGUUUGACCUUACAGCCGCAAGAAGGAGGAGAAUUCAUCAAAAACUAAUAUUGUUCAACGCUGCGCUGUCGAUGACGAAAUGUGCUCGAGCUCAUUUUAAUAUUGUUUCCCUUUGGGGUCUGGUUCCGGAUCAGCGUGCAUAUAUAGCCAGUGUCUUAUUUCCGUCUCACACACACACAAGCAGCGCCAACGUAAUUGCUGACAAAUCAGACGGUAGUCAGGAGUAUUGUUGUGGUACCAGUUACUAGCAGAUUCAUACCACCAGUUUAAAGAUAUAAAAUAUACAAGUUGGACGCUAAAUUUUGUCAACACGUUGGUCUUUGGUUCCGGCUUCGGGAUCUAAAUGCCGAGAUCCUGGCUUCAUCGCCAAACUCGCUGUCGUAAUAAGAUGCCAACAGAGUUAACUAUACUUCGUGGUAAAAAUCCGUCGAACGAACACCCAAACUUUAUCUCAGGCGAGAGUUCUCACGUCGCAGCCCAUUGUAAAGGACGGCUGGUCUCACAAAAUGGACGAAUCAAGGUGGCAAAUUCAAACGUGCCCGGGAAACACGAGCGAUACAUUGACGACUUAUUCACGACUAUUCUAGAUAUGCCCUUUAGAUGGAUACUUGGUAUUUAUUCGAUGGUGUACCUGGCUAGUUGGUUAGGGUUUGGCACAAUUUGGUUUAUUAUACACCGCGUACGUGAAUCAAAAGGCUACGACGAGUACUAUUGUGUCGAGAAAGUUGAUAGUUGGACGUCGGCGUUUCUCUUCUCCAUUGAAACUCAAACAACAAUAGGUUACGGCGGCAGACAGGUGACACCAAACUGUCCGGAAGGUGUGGUACUUCUUUUAAUUCAGACUUUAGUUGGCUCAUUUAUAGCCGCGACUUUACUGGGGAUCGUGUUCGCCAAAGCAUCGAGGCCUAAAAAACGCUCACGAACUGUGCUAUUUUCUGAGAAAGCCGUGAUAGGAAUGAGGGACGAUAAUCUCUGCCUCAUGUUUCGAGUCGCUGACCUCAGGGCAUCGCAAUUACUGGAAUGUCACAUACAAGUGGAGAUGUUUUAUACACGUCAGACAAACGAGGGAGAGUUGCCGUAUUUCCACGAAAAAUUGAGCAUCGGUAAUGGAUUUGAGUCUGAAGGUGAAGGCGAAGAGAUAUAUUAUACCUUUAUGAUAAUACCAAACACAAUUGCACACGUUAUUAACAAAGAUAGUCCGCUUUACUCCAUGAGUAGUUUGGAUAUGCUUAAAGCGAAUGUUGAAUUGGUCGUGUUUUUGGAAGGGGUCAUCGAAAGUACAGGCUUGACGAUGCAAGCUAGAACGUCUUACACAGCAAAUGAAAUUGUCUGGGGAUGUAAUUUCGUUCCAAUGCCUCGCCAUGAUGAUUUGUUUUUCAAAGGGGAACUCGAGGUCGAUUUUUGCCAUUUUAAUAAAUUUCAGCCGGUUAGUAAAAUGCCUGUGUGUUCGCGAGGGAUCAUGAACUCGGAAGACGAGACGAAAGGGGAAGAGAGUGCUAGCGAUGGAUAGAAGAGGUGAUAAUGGUCACGGCGGUGCAAAUGGGGUGAAUAAGGAGCAGAAUGCUUUACCUGGGGUGAAGAAUGAACAGAAGAACGGACAGGAGAAGGAAGUUGUGUCUAUGUCAAGGUCUAAAGACGGAUGCGAGGUGUUUCAAAAUGGAUU